GAGUCUAUAAGCCCGUGAUCUCGUCGGGCCCGUGAACUCGGCUACACAAUAUAUGAUGACGUCAUCUACUUUCAUUUUGAUCGAGCACACGUGUGUAGCUGCGACAUUCCUUUUGAUCGAUCACACAUUUGUAGCCGGGAAAUUCUAAUGAUAAUAAUAAUAAUGACUUAAUAAUGAAUUUCACAUAAUGGAUGUAAUCAACAACAUCACCAGGUAAUAAUAUACAUGUAGAUACAGAUACAGAUACGGAUGGCAGAAUCAGUUGAGGGGUUCAAUGUCACAUUGAAAGGAGUGGAUCAUACAGAAGGAUGGGUUACAACUCAACAACAGCUUGACAAUGUACUUGAAGCACAUCGGCUGCAGAGCGGUACACAGUUUGUAUCAUGGCAUGAUGACAAAGCAAGGAAGCCAGAAGCUGUUGGUCGCCUGCUGUGGACCCACAAAGAUUUAUCCAUUACUGGUCCUGCAUUUGCCUUAGGAAGGCAUGUUAUCAGACAGUGCCAGUAUGGAAAAGGGCAUAAAAGGGCCAAGACACAGAAACAACAGGUUCCUAAUUUGCAUGACUAUGCACAGUCUUCAAGACACUAUUUGCAGCGAAGCAAAAAGGUAGGAUGCAGUGCUAAGAUCAUUAUCCGCUAUAUAACUGUAUAUACGGAAUAUGAUGCUUCUGGAAUUUGGGAAAAAGAUAGAAGACGCACCAACCUCAUGGAGGACUUAAAGAAGCAACUAGCAACUGAUGCUAGCUACAAAGAACCACUUGACAUGUAUUGCAGGAAGUGUUGUUUAACUGAGACUUCAGAAUGUCACUGGAUUCAGUGUGACUCUUGUCCAAAGUGGUUUCACUUGAGCUGUCUGGAUAAUACAGGACACACCAACUUAGCUGAAAUACAGGCAAAUCCAUACCUGUGCAAAUUUUGUCUGAAGGAAUAUGAAGAUGAGAACUACAUGUUGGCAUGCAGAAACACUUGUCAACUUCGGGUUAACCCACAAAAGAAAAGAAAGAGAAGUUCUUUUGUGUAUGAACCAGUGAAAAAGGCAAACCUGGACAACAUCAAGAAAUCAAUGGAAGGAGAAAAGUCUGCACCACCACCAUUGCUCCAAACUAAUAAACGCCGCAGGAUUUGUAGAACCGAGAACAACGACUUUCUCGAAGAAAAGCCUUUACAGACAGACCGCAGCAAAGAAGAAAGCAUAAUGCCACCCUUAGAGUUUCCAAAGUAUGUUAGUGAUGCAGACCAGAGAGACCAGGAAGGCAUGAUUAAUCUUGCUGACAUAAAAAAACAUAGUCAGCAAAUUCAUAACCGAAUGAGGGAAAUAGUGAAAACACAGGCUUCCAGGAAAAGCAUUUCUCGAAAUUGUAAUUUGAACCCAGAAUGGCUAUCUAGACAUUCCCAGUUCAUAAUGAAUGGACAGGCAGACGACUGGAAAAACAAGGGAUAUGGACUUUCUUUUUUCAAUCAACCAGUGCAGCAUUCUUUGGAACAAUGGAUUGAAAGGGGGUUUUAUGUGGACAUUGGAACUUGUAUAUUUACGAAAUGGGGUUCAAUAAAGGGAGCAAGUAAGGAACUUCAAGACCGGAUGACACAAAGCCCUUAUGAAGCUGACAGUUACAUUAAAACUGUACUUGGAAAAGAAUGCCUGGCAGUGACAGUUGAAAUGGUGAAGAAGAUGCCAUAUUUGAAUGCAGACGAGGAUUGCAGUCAAACAUCUGCCACCACAAUGAGGAAAGUUUUCCAAAAAAAAAUUGGAAAGAAGUAAUUCAAUUUAUUUUCUCCUAGUCUUUUUACAUCUACCCAUCCACCAUAUUGUUCACUUUGAUGGUUUUGAUUUGGUUAUCUAUUCUUAUGUUAGAUUUUGAACGUGUUGGGCACCAUAGCACAUGGUUUUACAUAUUUCUCCUACAGCAGCUAGCGCCUGGUUGAAAAUAAUUCCCUUUUGGCUAGGGAAAACAUGCGCAGCCUAUCCUUAUACAUGUGUUUUAAAUAUCAACUUGAUAUUAACACUGGGAGUGCCCCACUUCUAGACCCCUAACCAGAACUCUGCCUAAUGGAAAUGCAGGGAGCCUUAAUUAGCAGCCCCUUUUGACCCCUCACCUCCCAUUCAUGUAAUGUAUUUUAAUGCAUUUUGUUGUAGAAUCAUAGCUUUAACUUAUAUUGUUCAACUUUAACUUUAACUGUUACAUGAGGGUACCCAAAAUUGAACACGUUUUAGAUAUGUGACAGCCUUUUUUAUUUUGCAGUAUAGAUGAAUGGUAUCUAUCUUUAUGUCAUAGUGCUCCAAAAGCUAAAUAGGAAACAUUUAUAUAUAAUCAUAAAAAAGUGUUCCAAUUUUGGUAUUGUCACAUUUAAGAGAUAGUCUUAUUUUAGCACUUUUCGCACUUUAAUUAUUGCACCAAUUUAAGAAUGUGUCAAUUGGAAUUCUUAUAUAUUGUUUCUAUUGCAAAUUUUGGUGGUGCACCAAAUUAUCAAUGCGCUAAUUUAUUAACUCACUGGGUCUGAAGGACCAAGGUGAGCUUAUGCCAUACCAUGAAUUUAACUAAUUUUGACUGGAAGCAU